GUUGAGCCAGUGGCUCCAGGUCAUGCGUCCUGACGCACCGCUGGUGGAGCAGCAACGAUGGGAGCCUCGCAGACGCGCUCCGAGAGCGUGUACCAGGAGCUGAUGGAUAAAACUGGCUUUUCAUUGGAGCAGAUCAAAAACCUGAAGAAACGAUUCCUGCAGUUGAGUGGAAAUGAAGAGACAAUAAGUAGAGAGAACUUGGACGCCAUUCCGGCCCUUGCCAACAAUCCCAUCAGAAAGCAAAUUAUCGAGGCGUUCUUCGACAAAAGAAACCAGCGUAGCAGUGAAGUGGGCCACCUCGAGGAGAUUGGCUUUGAACAGUUCGUCAUGGUCAUGUCUCACUUCCGCCCUCCGGCUUUGAGGACGUCCGUGGAGGAGAGAGAAGUGAUGAGAAAAGAAAAGCUCCAAUUUCUGUUCAACAUGCACGACACAGACAACGAUGGCGUGAUCACACUGGUGGAGUACAGGAAGGUCGUGGAGGAGCUUCUUUCAAAGAGUGGAGCCAUCGGGCACGAAGCUGCAAGGGCAAUAGCAGACGCCGCCAUGUUGGAAGUGGCGAGCACAAAUGUGCCAGACAUGGCCCCAGAUGAUUUUUAUGAAGGAAUUACGUUUGAGCAUUUCGAACAGAUUUUGAAGGGCCUUGAAAUGGAGUCCAGGAUGCACAUUCGCUUUUUGGAUGUAGACACCUCAACAAUGCGCUGUGGGAAAUCGACCUCUUGAAGGAGUUGCUCUUGUACAUAAUUGUCUCUGCUCCUGCUGUUUUUAGCAGAACCUCUCCAGUCCUUAAAUACAAAUGAAGCCAAAUAUGUUUUGAUAUGCUUUUUAGUCGGUGAAUCUUUUUAUACCAGCAGUAUAACAGAAUUGUUAACAUUUGACGAGUUGGGAGUUUUUUUGUAAUUCCAUUUUCAGAGUGUCACAAAUUUCAAAUACCUUCCUGUUUUCUUUUGUCAUGCUCUUGUUAGUUUCUCAGAUGAGCUGAUUUCUAAGGAACACACUACCUUGCUAUGGUAUGUAAGCAACAUGUCCGAAAUGUGAGGCAUGACACAAACACUCAUUCCCAGACUUCCUUCUGCAACUCCAGAAUAUUUGGAGGCUCAUUUAUUCCAUUCCUGUAACAGUACACUGAUGUUGUACCAUGAAGAUCCUCUACCGUCUUUGUCCAAUAACAAACUUUUUACCUAAGAUGAAUAAUUUAAGUAUGUGGACAAGCUUUCUUAACAUAAACUAAUAAAUAAUUAACUUAA